GAUGUUUUUAAUGAUAGAAACGGAAGUAAAAUCUCUUCUCAAAUCGACCUGCUCUGGGAUUGUUGGCUUUGCCCUCCGAAACUCUUCCCCGAUCCUCGCUCGGCUAGUCCGGUCUCCUCAAAAUGGCGGACCACGUCUAGGGGUCGACUUUGAUAAACUGUCACAUUUUCAUAAUUUCCCGGGGCUACGUUCUCGGCCUCGCGAGCCGUCCUCGCCACCAUGUUGACUGCUCUGAGGUCCUCGCUCGGUGUUUUGGGGGAAAGUGUCGCUCUUUCGGCGAAGCCGUGGACACGCAGCCAGGCUUUCCUGUCGGCGCCGAGAGUCUGCUGCGUUGCCGGCAGCUUUGCUGCUCCAACACCAGUGAGGCAUUAUGCUCGGGUCGCAAAGAAAAAGACGACGGGCCCCGUGAGCCAGCUCGCUGACCUUCCUUCCACCAUGCUGAAGAUGGACUACGCAGCGGUUCCCCUCGCUCAAUCGACUGACGAGGUCGUCAAAAGGCUUCUGUCUCUGGAGUUGGCGAGUCACGCUGAGAAGCUGCAGCUGAAGAAGGAGCAGUACGUUGCUAAAGUCCAGAGGGACGAGAAUGACCGCAGCUCAGUGGAAGUCAAGGUGGCUGUUUUGACCGCCAGGAUCCGAAACUAUCAGGAGCACUUACUAAAACACCACAAGGACAAAGCCAACAAGAGGCGGAUGCUCAUGGCUGUUGACCGACGGAAAAAGCUUCUGAAAAAGCUUCGGUUGGUGAACUACGAGGCCUUUGAGAAAGUGUGCGAGCAGCUGGGCAUCGCCUACACUUUCCCUCCCGAGUACUACAGACGGGCCACCCGCCGCUGGGUGGCCAAGAAGGCCUUCUGCAUCAAGGUCUUUCAGGAAGUGCAGAAGCAGAAAGCCGAGCAGAGGCAGAUGAAGCAAGGUUUAGUCUCCAAAGACGCCGAGACAAAAGCCGUUUAGCCCCAAUAAUGGAUCGUGUCGUGUAAAUUACAAUUGAUUCCACAUGUUUGUGUUAACAUCUUUUAUUUCAACACCUUCAGAUAUGUGGCCCGGGGAUAGAUGGAUCCCUUUUAUAUGUGUUGCUAUCAUUUAAUGUUAUUUCUUCUGCUUUCACGUUGAUGUUGGAAAUAAAAUAAUCAAACAAGGUU